AUGGGUAAGCUUUAUGAGAAAUGGAUGCUGGAUUUUAACCCAGAUAAAUGCAAGGUUUUGAGAAUUGGUAAAGAGCACGUAGGCGUAGGAUCCAUGAAGCAAGAAAAUUUUCCUCGCCCACCUUCACUCACCCUCAGAAACAAGCUCCCCGCCCACCUCCACCCCCAGAAACAAGCUCCACGCCCACCUUCACCCCCAGAAACAAGCUCCACGCCCACCUUCACCCCCAGAAACAAGCUCCACGCCCACUUUCACCCCCAGAAACAAGCUCCCCGCCCACCUUCACCCCCAGAAACAAGCUCCCCGCCCACCUUCACCCUCAGAAACAAGCUCCACGCCCACUUUCACCCCCAGAAACAAGCUCCCCGCCCACCUCCACCCCCAGAAACAAGCUCCACGCCCACCUUCACCCCCAGAAACAAGCUCUACGCCCACCUUCACCCCCAGAAACAAGCUCCACGCCCACCUUCACCCCCAGAAACAAGCUCCACGCCCACCUCCACCCCCAGAAACAAGCUCUACGCCCACCUUCACCCCCAGAAACAAGCUCUACGCCCACCUCCACCCCCAGAAACAAGCUCCACGCCCACCUUCACCCCCAGAAACAAGCUCCACGCCCACCUCCACCCCCAGAAACAAGCUCCACGCCCACCUCCACCCCAGAAACAAGCUCCACGCCCACCUCCACCCCCAGAAACAAGCUCCACGCCCACCUCCACCCCAGAAACAAGCUCCACCUGUGAGGAGCUGUGA